AUGUCCCAUAGUAGGGAAACUGCUUUAUGGCUUUAUGCACAAUGUCAUCAAAACGGGAGAGAAAAGGAAAAGACAACAGUGUACAAUUCAAUAUGUACUUCAGUCCCACCAGCUCCAAAUAUGGUAGUGAAAGAUAAGGCGAAAGGACUCUGGGUCUCAGCAUCCAGAGGACCAGCUCUCAACCAGGAAGAUUUUGAUGAAGAACAGGAAGUGGCUUCACCAACAGUGCCAGAUGAUGUUAAGGAAGGAUAUUUUACAGUCUUUGCAGUGAAGGGAAAGGAAGCGCAGAGGUAUGUUAUUGAACUAGACAACUUAACAAACCCUGGAUUCCUGAGUCUACUGGAGCUGGCUCGGGAAGAAUACGGAUUCCAACAAAAGGGCGUUCUUUGUCUUCCUUGUAGACCUCAAGAAUUACAGGAUAUUCUACAACUCUGGAAACUAGCCUAG